CUUCUACAACCACCAAAACCCCCCAUCCACUUGCGCUUGCGCCUGCCGCGGAUCCACCGCGGUUUGACGACGCCAGCGGCCCCCAAAACAACCCGGUCUGGCGCCGCGCCACCGACGCCAUGUCCCGUCCCGUCCUUGUCAAUGUCAACCGCGCGCCCGCCCCCUAGCAACCUCCCUGCAGAGCGAUAUGUAUAAAACCUACCACCGCCCGCCCGCCGGCCAUGCUUGCACCUGCUUACAAAGGGGAUCGGAGCACCAACCAACAGCACGUGCCAGUGCCACCGAGGAACGUACGUGCGUGCUGCUGCCCCGGCGCGGCAUGCCGGGCAACGGCGGCGUGCUGCGGCGGUGGCUUGUUAACUGCGUGCGCCCGGCGGCGCGGCGCGAGGCGCGGCUGGUGGUGUGGGGCGGGGGCACGCGGGCCGCGGAGCCCGGGCAGGCGGCGGGGGAGGUGAUGGCGGAGCACGCGGGCCACGUCGUGUGCCGCGCCGACGGGUUCCGCGUCGGCCGCCCCGCGCCGGUGCUCGGCGUCGGGGACCGCCUCGAGGCAGGCCGCACGUACCUCGUCGUCCCCGUCGACCGCCUCCCCUGCGGCGGCGACGGGGUCGUCACCGCGGCAUCGCUCGCGGCGCUCUCGUCGUCGCACUCACGCGGCGGCAAGGCGGCGACGUCGCUGGCGGCAGGACGGAAGAGCCCGUUCGAGUACGCCAAGGACGGCGACGGGCGCACCGUGAUCAGGGUCGUGGAGGAGUUCAUCGUCAGGGCCGUAGCGGGUGACGGCGGUGGGGGCCGCGGCGACGGCGACGGCGGCGGGUCGGCCGCGCUUUGCAGCACGCCGGAGCUCAGGAAGCAUUACGAGCAGCUGGUGGGCGCCGCGAGGGGCCGGCCGUGGUCGCCGCGGCUGGACACCAUCAAGGAGCGCAAAGGGCGGAGGCUUGCGGACGUCGUCAGCCCCGGCAGGCUGUCGCCGGUACGCCUGCUGGGGAUGGACAAGGACAAGGGGCUCAACAUCAGCUAGCAUUCGACCACCUGGCAGGAUAGCACUAGCAGGUAGUACAGCGGGAUGGACCAUCUCAGGCGAUCUCCAUCAUUCAUAUCGUAGCCUCCAUAUGCUGCUGCUCCUUCUAGUUCUGUAUUGGUCGUUGGACAAGUUAAGUUGAUUGGAAAUUUUGGAGUUGGAUUAUUGCACCUGAUUUUUCGAUACACGCGCGGGGUCUCACGACAAGGGUUUGUACAGCCACAUCACAUCUCAGUGUAACUAAAGUUAUUAGUUAUACUUAUAUUCAGAUUGUCUCA